AUGAAUACUGGAAAUAUCGCGGGUUCAGUACACUGUCUCCAGGUUAAAAGAUCAUUAUCCCCAGAAACUCAACGGGUUCUGUCUGAUUUGCACAUGCAUUUACGAAACACUCGAAUUCUAAAUCUUUGGUGGUAUUUAUCGACCUCUGACCAUCAUGUCAAUAUAGGCGCCCAGUCGACUACCGCAAGGUGUAAAACUAACAUUGCUGACGAUGAGAUCGAUCUUUCGCUGAUAAUAUAG